GAGCCUGUUCCGUGCAAUUUGCUGUCUGCUACUACAAAGUCAGUUGUUGCUGGGCUUAUUAGCCCGAGUGUAUGGUGCUCCUCUUCUGAGGGAUUUUCAAGCAUACGUGCCAGCGAUACAGUAGUAGAAGCUGCCCUGGGAGCGAAAAAAUGUCAAGAUCUGCAGUCCAGUUCCUUGUAACUGUCGCUGUCUUCACUCUCUUUAUGCCAAGGCAGAGCCAUAGCGUGACAGGUCUGCUGGACAACUGUGCUAGUGCAACAAGGAUUAACGCUACAUAUGACGCACAUGGCAGCAGUGACAUUUACUGCACUGUCGGUGAAGCCCACAACGUCACGAAUUAUAGCACAGAUGGUGGCGAGGGCUGCUGGUUGUUUGCCUGUGAGCAAAACCUCUCGUGUGUUCUGUACAACUUAAAAACCUGUUCAUCCAUGAUUCUAUGCGAUACUUUCGAUAAAGAUGAAAAAGUGCAAGGUGAGAUGACAGAAAUAGUUGAGGCUGUUCUGAUUGCAUUUCUGGUUCUCUUCAUUGUGGUUCUCCUGGUGGCUGUGUUUGUCAUCCUCACCAUGACCUUGAUGAUCCGCGACAUGAAAAAUGAGAGAGUGCAGGAUGGUCUCCCCAACCCUUACUCCUGCAUAUUCUCACUCACAAAGUCGCUCUUUGCCAAGUCAGAGAAAGACGAGGGGAAGGGGAAGCCACAAAAGAAGGCAGAAAAACAGAAAAAGGAGAAAAAGCCCAAAAUAUCCGAAAGUGGUGCAAAGCACUAUCGUCAAAGAGAACAAGCUGUGGCAACAGAGGUUGAGGACAGCCCAGAGCACAAUGCAGAUGACUAUGAGGAGAUGGACAAGAGGGACAGCUUCAUUGAGGGAGGACCAGAUGAGGUCUAUCAGAACACUUGAUAGGCUCGUGCGAGGUAGCUAGCUAUCUGUGUAAUAGUAGCUCGCUUAUCGUGUCCCCUAUGGAAAUAGAAGUUUUA